AUGAGCGGAACUUAUUUACAUACAAACCCACCACCGUAUGGAUAUGGAAGCCCAGCACCACAUGUUGCUGCAACAGUGAGUAGAGCACAUGAGUAUAACUCUAAGUCAGAGGACUCUGAAACAAAAAUGAACAACUAUGAUGCACAGGUAGAGAAUUUAAAUGACUUUCCCAAAGAGGGUAUAACGGGAAACUUCAACCCCUCUAUUGCAUGGUUGUUUGCCCAGAUAUUUGUUAUAAAGAAUUUUAAAGCAAUAGUUACUUGUAUGGAUAAAAUUAUUAACUUCAUAAAGAAGAGUAACUCUGAUAUUAUGAGUAAAGAGUCAAAACUAUCUAUGCUGAACCAAUACAAUAAGGAAUGGUUCUCAAAACUAGUAAAUAGAGUUGAUGGAGAAGAUUAUAUACCUACUUCCCCUGGAUUCUUAAUGGGAAUGUUGAACGCAGCUUCAACAACAGUAGGCCUAAUUGCAAUAUGUGGCAUAGAUAUUCCUAAUACAAUUACUAAGAGCCUAAGGUCAAGUGAUGACUCAAUGACCGUGUUUGUUGCAGAUACUAUUCAAGCUCUAGCUACAUUAAUAGGAUUAACUUAUAGUGUAUACCGGUUAUUCGGAAUUAAUCCUAACAAAGAAAAAACCAUACUAUUUCCUGAGUCAUAUGGAGAAUAUACUAGUUGGUACCAAGAUGGAGAUUUUGUAGGACAAUAUGGAGUUGAGACCAGUUCAUUAAAACCUAUGGGGAAGAACCCUCAAGAUGAUUUCAACCCAAAAAAUGAUAUCAGAGAAUGUAAUUUUUCUAGCUGA